ACAUAUCUAUUGUUAUCUAUUUUGUAUAACACAGUGUUGUAAUUGUUUGUAAUAGUAUUGCCCCGCUUCUUCAAAAAUGUGUACAUUUUGUUUUAUUUUUUUGUUCUUAUCUCAUUGCUCUAAUUUAUGUAAAAGUACAAAAUAAUGUAUACGUGCCGUAUCGAAAUAAUUGUUGUUAAAUCACUAAUAAGAAGGGUUGGAAAUGGCUUUUAAUGUUCGAAAGUUUUUUUAUAAGUAUGCAAAGUGGUUAGGGGCUACGGUUUUAACUACUUUUUUCAUUCAAAUUUUAAUUUCAAUCAGCCUAUUUCCAACAGUUAACGACAAUUUAUUAAAAAAGUUUGGUCAUACAUCAUUAGAGCGCCAUGAAUUUGGCGAUGUAUCUGCAAGGAAAAUUAUUAAUGGAUAUUCGGAUGAUGAAGAUAUACAUACUAAAACGUCGUCUCAAACUAAAUCAACUCCGCAUUUGAGAAUUGAAGAAUUAGAUUUCAAACCUGCAUGUGACAUCAAAAGCAGAGAAGCUGUCUCUGCAAUACAUCGGGCUAAAACCCAAAGCUGUAAACAAGAAAUUGUCAAUAAGACUUGUCUAAUACAAAAUGGAAAUUUUUAUCCUACUAAGUUACCCAACAAAUGUCCCUCAAAUGGCAUGACUUAUGGGAAAUACUAUGGAUGUUAUUUAGAUGAAAAAAAAUUAAGAAUAUUGUCCAGUUUUUAUGGAAAUUAUGCCACAACAAAUUCACCAGAGUUUUGUGUAGAUAUAUGCAUGCAGGCUGGGUUUCCUUAUGCUGGUGUACAAUAUGCUUCAGAAUGUUUUUGUGGUGAUGUUAUACCCCCUGAAUCUGCCAAAACAAUGGAAGGAUCAUGCAAUAUGAAGUGUCCUGGUAAUUCUACCAAGAUUUGUGGAGGAUAUUUUACAAUGAACAUAUAUGAAACUGGAUUAACAAAAUUUGUCCCCAUUACACCAAAACUCUCAAGUAAUGUGAAGGAAUCAGUUCGAAUUGUUUUCCUUUUGACCUUAAAUGGGCGUGCAUUGAGACAAGUUCAUAGACUGAUAAAUGUACUUUAUAGAAGUCAUCACUAUUUUUAUAUACAUGUUGAUAAAAGACAGGAUUACAUGCAUCGUAAGUUAUCUGCAUUAGAGAAAAAAUUUCAAAAUGUAAGGUUGGCACCAAAUCGGUAUGCCACCAUUUGGGGCGGAGCAUCUUUAUUGAAGAUGCUUCUCUCUUCAAUGAAAGAUUUUAUGUCCUUAGGUUGGCAGUGGGAUUAUGUUAUUAAUUUAAGCGAAAGUGAUUUUCCCAUUAAAUCCCUGGAGGAUUUGGAAACAUUCCUGUCAGUUAAUAAAGGUUUAAAUUUUGUUAAAUCUCAUGGUCGUGAAGUACAAAGAUUUAUUAAAAAGCAAGGCUUGGAUAAAACUUUUAUUGAAUGUGAAACUCACAUGUGGCGUGUCGGCGAAAGAAAAUUGCCACAAGGAAUCAUCAUAGAUGGAGGCAGUGAUUGGAUAGCCCUCUCACCUGAAUUUGUUUCAUAUGUAGUUGGAAAACACGAUGAAUUAUUGAGUGGCUUACAUGUUAUAUUUCAACACACCUUAUUACCAGCAGAGUCAUUUUUCCACACAGUUUUAAGAAAUUCUAUAUUUUGUAACACAUAUGUGGAUAAUAAUCUUCAUGUUACGAACUGGAAAAGGAAAUUAGGUUGUAAAUGUCAAUAUAAACAUGUUGUUGAUUGGUGUGGAUGUUCACCGAAUGACUUUAGGACGGAAGAUUGGCCAAGAAUUCAAAAUACACUGAAUCGUCAAUUAUUUUUUGCUCGGAAAUUUGAACCUGUUAUAAACCAAGAGGUUAUAACAAGAGUAGAGCAAUUAAUAGGACUUACUGACCAUUACCACAUUAACAAUCUAGAAGGAUAUUGGCAAAAUAUAUAUGACAUAGAAGAUUUGCCUGCUAGUACUGAUGAUACCUUAUUGUCUCAUGCUGGCAGCAUUCUGCGUCAAAAUGCCAAGAUCUUACUGCAAGAAGAUUGUACUAUAGAACUUGGUGAGGUUCAUGAAAUAAAUUUGUACAAGUAUGCAGACGUAUACAAAGGUAACUUAAUUUUAUACAAAGCUUUAAUUGAGAAUGAACAUGAAGUUUUUAUAGAAACUUGGUAUAAACCAAAACAUUAUUUAGAAAUCAAUUCAAAAAGUCAAUAUAGUGAUAUUGUUAAAAUAUUUAAAGUUAGUUCAGAUUAUGAUCAAAAAGAAAUGACAUUCAGAAAUUUUGGUAGCAUUUUAGGGCCACUGUCUGAACCAAGUUUAGUAUAUCAAUUCUCUCUGAUUGAAAAACUAACAGAGAAUUUAACUGUUAUAUUAUUAGAUCCGGCAGGUAUUAUUGCCGAAGUCAAUACAAUAUAUAAAGAAGAAAACAAUUUAACAAAUUUUAUCAAAUUUAAUGUGAAGACACCACUCUUGCCUGGUGUAUGGAAAGUGACUUUGUUGGAACAAAAUUAUGUUCCAAUAGCCAUGACAAAAUUCCUUGUAACUCCAUUAGAAUAUUUUUCUGGUAAAGAAAUGUCUCAUCAAGAAACUAGUUUGAUUCAUAGUGGGUCAAGUAAUUCAUACAAAAACUAUUCUCAAAUAAAAGACAUUGAUUUAUUGCCAAGUAAAAAGGAUAGUUUAUUGCUUCAAGAUCUUGCAUUUUCAAAUAUCAAAAGAAUUGGACAUGAUCUAAGAGAGUGGAUUGAUAGCUUAAACGUCGUAUUUUAUGAUAUACUAGGAUCUUGUUUAAGUGGUGACAAUUUUAAAGAUAAACUAAUAUGUGGAAAGAAUACAUUUCGAGACUGUGUUUCAACUGACUGGAGUUCCUUAUCACCAGACCCUAAAGGGACAAUUGGUAAAUUAAAUCUACGAACUGGUCGCUUAGAAAGAAUUUGACAACAGAUUUAUUUAUUUAUGUUGUUAUAUUUUAUUAUUCUCUGCAAAGUUUUAUCAUUGGUAAAUCAGAAACCAUUUGUACAUUUUCCAAUCACGCACUUUAUUUUAAUAAGUUUACUACAGAAACAAUGAACAAUAAUUCAGACUAGUCUUUUAAAAUUAAGAAUAGUUUUAGAACGAAGAAUGUGUUGUAUGCCGAAAAUAGUUUCGUUUUUUUUAUUUUAGAAAAUAAGUAAAAAAGUAUUGUAAAGUAAAAAUUUACCAAUG